UUGUUGUGUUACAGCUUUGUAUUGGCUUUUUAGAGUGAUUUUUGACAUGGAAAGAAAGGAAUAAGAGCGAGCAAUUUUAAAAGAUCACUCGGCCUAGCUCACAGCUGGGAGUCGAUCGACUUGAUCACCAGAAAGCAGAGGUUAAAAAUCACGUCUGAUGAGUACCAAGAAGAAAGAUCUGGGAGAGAGUUUUCUGCACGGUGGAGAACUACUCGGAGACGAGGACGAGGAUAGCGACAGUUUGCUGGCGGACGAGCUAAGAGGGAUGUACCGGAAUAGACUCAAAGACAUGGAAGAAGUGGAAGAGAAAAGGGAAGAAGCUCACCGGCAUCAGCUCCAAUCCUUGCAGUCCUUUGUGAAUGAACUGAGUGAUCAAAAUGAGAUCCUGGUUCAAACUGUUGAGGAGCUGGAGCGAGAAGCUAACGACAGAGUUGCCCUUGUGGAAAGCAAACUUCAAAAAACGACGCUGACUCUCAAGGUAAAUAAAAAGUGUUUCAUCCUUCCAAGAUAUAUAGAUGCAUUAAAUUUGACCUGUUAA